UGAGGACUCGAAGUGAAAAAGAAACCUACUACCGUCUCGUUGUCUUAUAUUUUAUUUACAGUUAUUUAAUCAAACUAAAGGAACAUUUCGGCUUCAUUGGUGUGGUAAGUUUUUAGACAACCAGCUCUAAAUAGCAGCCAACGUAACCAGCCAGUGAAUGAUAGAUAGCAUUAGCAAACACCUUAACCGUGUAAAUAUUCUGUAGCAGUUUGCUUUACUAUAACAUAUAUUUUAUAACUAAUGAUUAAGACGCGAUCAUUAUAAGCUGUACAGAGGAUGCCGGGGCUUUUUGUCACUCGAAGAAGGUGUCAUAAGUGCUAUGUUUCGGUAAUUUUUAGGUUUCAUGCCUUUGUGCCAUUUUGGCGUUUGCUCUUUAUGACAUGUCUGUCUGGUAUUGAUCAACAUUAACUCACCACAGUGAAGUCUCUGCUCAAAUGUCAAAGGGAUCUAAAGUUUGUGCGGAUGAAGACACGAGAGAUCUCCCAUGCAGCUCAGGAUGGGAGCUGCAACACAUAAGAGGAGAUCUGUUCACCUGUCCAGCCACAGAUGCCCUGGCACACUGCAUCAGUGAAGACUGCCACAUGGGAGCAGGUGUUGCUGUGCUCUUCAAGAAGAAAUUUGGUGGAACUGAGGAGCUUCUGGCUCAGAUGAAGCGGCAUGGCCAGUGUGCUGUUCUUAAAAGAUCUGGUCGUUUCGUGUACUACCUGAUCACAAAGAAAAAGUACUACCAAAAGCCCACCUAUGACAUUCUUAGAAAGAGCCUUGUGUCUAUGAGAGAACACUGCCUGGCCAAUGGUGUUACCAGAAUAUCCAUGCCUCGGAUUGGCUGUGGGCUGGAUAAACUAAAGUGGGAAAACGUGUCUUCCAUUAUUACAGAAGUCUUCCAGAACACAAAAACCUGCAUCACUGUGUAUACGAUCUAGACUAUAGCAGGUCUGAAAUUCACAUUAAUUGUUCUUAAACAAUGGUCAAAGGGGUGCUCUUUAUUCCAAUGGAAUUUCACUUUUUUUCUAGAGGUGUGUAGCUGGUUCCUUAGUCUUUUUGGAAGUGGGUUUUUGAGAUUCUUAAUCUUAAGAUUCUAAAUUAAGGUUCAAAAACUGUCCUAGAAAUGUACACACAAAAUAUGACCAAUAUUACAAUCAAUUGUUUUUUCCUAUAUUAGAAUCUAGUAUUUUUCCUGUUCCUCCUGUUCCAUGUGGUGUAUGGAUGUUUUUUCACCACUAGAGGUUGUGAUUUGAUUUGUUUGAAUCUCAAAAUGAAGAAAUCGUUUGAUAAAA